AGCAGGUAAUGCAGUUUAAAACGCAAUAGAGGUGCUUUUCUUGUUUCUCCAAAAAAAAAAAAUCAAUUUGUGCACCCUCACAUCGAAAAGCAUUUCGCGUGAAAAAUCAGGGAAAUGCUGAAAGAUUCACAGCAGGCUGGUUUGAAAAUGAAUUUACUGCCAAAGAGCUCAAAAGAGUUCAGUUCUGCUGAAUACUGGGAGACAUUCUUCAAAAAACGAGGUGCAAGUGCCUUUGAGUGGUAUGGGUCCUAUGUGGAUCACUGUGCCGUGCUGCACAAAUACAUCAAACUUAAAGAUAAGGUUCUCGUUGUUGGCUGUGGUAACUCUGAACUAAGUGAGCAAAUGUAUGACGUGGGUUACCAGGGGAUCACGAACAUUGACAUAAGUGAAGUGGUGAUAGACCAGAUGAAGGAACGCAACGCCACUUGCCGACCGACAAUGGUCUUCAUGAAAAUGGACAUGGUGCAGAUGGAGUUUGGUGACUCCCAAUUUCAGGUGGUACUGGACAAGGGGACCUUGGAUGCCGUAAUGACAGAUGAGAGUGACGAGACGCUACUCAACGUUGACAAGAUGUUUGCGGAGAUCGGGCGGGUCCUGCAGGUUGGCGGGCGCUUUGUAUGUAUCUCGCUGGCUCAGGACCACAUUGCAAAGAAAGCCGUGAGCUACUUCUCGCAGCAGGGCUGGCCAGUAAGAAUACACACAGUCGAGGAACAGAGCACGGCCAACAGGCAGUUCAUGAUGCCAGUGUUCAUCUUCAUCUUCACCAAGUUCAAGAAGAUUCCUGGAGCUGGCCACAAGAUCCUGGAGAUGUGCUCAGAGGAGCAGGACAAGCCCCUGCGGCUGGACAGCGUGGGACAGCUGCUGGAGGUGGUGAAGGGAAGGCAGCAGUAUGCACUACUCCGAAACCACUUGAGCAAGAACUCCACCAGCGGAGAAAAUGUGUCCCUCACUCUUUGUGACAACGUAUCUGGGAAAUCUCGCUACACCUUUUACAUUGUUGAUCUGCUCUCUGUGAAAGCUUCUCGCACCAACCACUUCGCAAUUUUCAUAGUUCCACAGGGCAGGGAGACGGAAUGGCUGUUUGGAACUGAUGAAGGCCGGAGGCAGCUUGGCAAAAGUGCAGAAUUCAAGCGCUUGCUGGUGGUGGUGUUACACCGAGACCAGCUCUACGAGAGUAUGGAAGCCAUUCAGUCAGAGCUGUCGGGGAAGGUGAUGGAGUUAGCUCCUCCUGGACUUCCACCAAACCAACAGGUUCCAUUUCUAUCAGUUGGAGGAGACGUAGGGGUUCGCACGGUUCAGUAUCGUGGUACGAGUGAUAUGAGUGGGGAAUAUGUCAUUGAAGACGUCAAGGGAGAAGAUGGCAGCUAUUUUCGGCACCUCAUAUUCCUCAGCAACGUCAAUGUGGUGCAGUCGGAGGCUAAGCUAUUGCACACCUUCUCAAAGUCAGUUCCAUCACAAAGGAAGAAAAAGAAAGACAAGAGGAGGGGGCGGCCGUGCUCAGAAGCUGAGAGGACUUCAAAUCUCAAAACUGGUCAGGCUGUCGACAAAAGCUACCUGUGCUGCGACCAUCAUCGAGCCAUGAUAGCUGGCUUGGCUCUCCUAAGUAAAAAAGAUGGUUUAUUUGCAGACACUCCCUUUUCUCUGCUGGUAGUUGGCCUCGGUGGUGGCAGCCUUCCAUCAUUUAUUCAUGAUUAUUUCUCCCAAUCGACUGUUGAUGCAAUUGAAAUUGACCCUGAGGUGUUGGAGGCGGCAACCACGUGGUUUGAGUUUUCCCAAGACGAUCGAAUGAAGGUGAUUCUGGCAGAUGGAUUGAACUAUAUCUGUACAGUCGCAGACAGUGGGAAUGCCUCCUAUGAUGUCAUUAUGUUCGAUGUGGAUAGCAAAGACACCACCCUGGGAAUGAGCUGUCCUCCUCUAGCUUUUGUAGAUGACGUAUUCCUACUAAAAGUACGAAAUCUUCUGGCACCCCAAGGACUCUUCAUUCUGAAUCUGGUCUGCAGAGACCGUAUACUGAAAGAGAAGGUAAUGGUAGCGCUCAAAGGGGUAUUCCCUCUUAUUUAUCUCCAGAAGAUUGAGGGUGAGGUAAAUGAAAUUUUGUACUGCCAGUUGACCAUGGAACUUAAAGCUAGAUCGAAAGACCUUCUUGAAGUAGGUCAGAAUCUGGAAAAUACUCUGAAGAAACAUGGCAAACAUUGGGACCAAACCUAUAAACUUGCAGAAAUGUUGAAGACAGUUACAAUUGUGUGAAGGUUCCUACACUCUUAGACUAGAUGUAUGUAGGGUACCAUUUCUGUUAACUAUUUGCGGUGACUUUUGAUGCCAUUCACUGAAGCUGUGGACCUAUUUCUUAAAAUGUUCAUCAUGAUAUUCUCAACCAAACUAAAUGGGUGUGCCUUAAUAUAUUGCUACAGGUAUCUAUGAAGUGCUGUGAAAGUCUCCAGUUUUCUUUAAGAACAAAACAUUUACUCCAAAAUUCCUAAGUGAUUGGUUGGAAAAAGAAUUAUACACUCAUUUUGAAAUGGUGUACAUUUUGGUUCUUUGUGUUUAAUACAUUACUCCAAUUUCCCAGUAUCACCAGGAAUCUGGUGGCAGUGAGGGUAUAUACUCUUGAUGGUUUACUGGCUCCAAGUGGUGCUAUAUACAUACUGAGUCACUCAGACCACAAAGUCCAAAUCAGUAACAGAAAU